AUGGCGGUGGAAGGAGGGAUGAAAUGUGUCAAAUUCUUGCUCUACGUCUUUCUGCUGGCCUUUUGCGCCUGUGCAGUGGGACUGAUCGCUGUGGGUGUAGGAGCACAGGUCCUCUUGAGUCAGAUUAAACAAGGGCCCACUCCUGGCUCCUUGUUGCCUGUGGUCAUCAUUGCAGUGGGUGCCUUCCUCUUCCUGGUGGCCCUUGUGGGUUGCUGUGGGACCUGCAAGGAGAACUACUGUCUUAUGAUCACGUUUGUCAUUUUCCUGUCUCUUAUUAUGCUGGUGGAGAUAAUUGGUGACCAGAAUGCUAAAACUGAGAACAAUGAAGAAGAAAUGGUAAUUGCAAAUGGCGCCUCUGGAAACCCGCUCCAGUACCUGGACACAGACACUGACAGGCAGCCGCUGGGCUGCGUGGUGCUGGAGCUGAAGGUAUAUGUCAUCCUAAUGACAGCAGAAAACUAUAGAGCCCCGUGUCCCCAAGAGAAUGAUCCCAGUAUCAAGGGCUCUCAGUUCUUCAUCUGCACCAUGGGGACUAGCUGGACGACAAAUGUCAAAGAGGGCAUGGAGGUCAUGAAGAAAAAAUCUUUCAGCUCUAGGAGCAGGAAGACGUCCAAGAAGAUUGUCAUCAUGGACCAUGGCCAGCUGAAGUAG